AUGCCCGGGGAACUGGCGACGCCACGCGUUCGUCAGGCGACCAAAGCAGCGCUGGGUGGAGUGCGGACUUCCGCACUGCUCACCAGUGCGGUCGCCGGUACGGAGAACGUAAGAGAAGGGACCAAAACCCCCACCGCGCUGGCGUGCAGUGUACCACUCACGAAGCUGCUGAAGGGACAGUGUCACACCACUCCGCUGCUGCUGCUGGCGCUGACCACCACCGGCGCCACUCCUCGGUGCAGAGUCGCGACUCGCUCCACCACCGCUGCCUCCGCCGCCGCCGCCUCCGCCGCCUCCGCCGCCUCCUCCGCCUCCGCCUCCUCCACUACCUCCGCCGCCUCCGCUCCCUCCGCCACCUCCACCGCCUUCGCCGCCUCCACUGCUGCCGCCGCCGCCGCCACCCCCGGCACCACUCCCACCACCACUCCCACUCCCUCCACCGCCUCCACCACCACCUCCACCGCCCCCUCCAGCCCCACCAGUGCCCUUGCCCCCCUUGCCCUUGCCGUCCUCAACCAGCACGCCUCUUACUUGCUUUCCCUUCUCAUUUGCAUUCCUCAUACCCCUUCUGUAUUCUCACUCCUCUUCUCCCAAACGAUGGGCGCCCUGGUGCAAUACGCCCUACUGGAAACUGUCCUCAGUGCGCGCAAGCCCUCCUCCCUCACCUUCGAGUCUGCCGCUGCUCUCCCUGUCGUCGGCCUCACUGCCCUGCAAGCCAUGAGGGACUGCGCCAGCCUUCCCCUCCAGUAUUAUGUGGUGAUUGAUUCCUCCUCCAAUAGCCUGGCUGUCUCCGCUGUGAGCAGGGUUCUCCGUCCCCAAGGGAGGUGGGUGCAUGUGGAGCUUCCGCCCUCUCUGCUCGCUCUGGGACUCUGGCGCCGCCUUGCGCUUCGCCCGAAGAAACUUUAUCCUGCUAUGAUGGCGAACAGGCAGGGUGAUUUGGAGGUGCUGGGGAGGAUGGUGGAGGAGGGGAAGGUGAGGGUGGUGGUGGAGAGUAGUGUGGCGUUUGAAGAGGCGAGAGAGGCGUGGAGGAGGAGCAUGGGAGGGUAUGUGACGGGAAAGGUGGUGGUUAGGAGGAUGGAGUGA